UUGUCCUCUUUCGCUCUUCCACAUCUCAAUCCCACUAUGCCCGCCUUCCCAGCACGCCCACUCAAUGCUCGCCCCAAUCCCCUGGUCCAACAAGUCCGGAAACACCCCUUUAUCUUCUUCGGACUGCCCUUCGUCGGCAUCAUCGUCGGCGCGUCCUUCGCGCUCCAAGCGUUCACUCAAACUCGCUAUGACUACCAUCAGACAAAGGUGAAGACAAUAGAAAAAGAGUCGGAGCUGGGGAUGAAGUCGGACAGGAGAAAGGUGGAUUUGCGAGAAGAAUACUAUAGACUCAAUAACCCCGACGCUCUCCCAUCCACUUACGGUGCAUCUGCAGAACCAUCAUUAUCCUCUCUAGACGCCAGAUCUACCGCCAAACCGUCGCGGAAGAAGUUCUCAAUGGCAGCCGUUUCGCAAGACGACUAUGAGCCUGUGCGUGUUCCCAGACCGCAAGGGGUGCCAGAGUGGGGAGCUGGGAAUGCCGUCGAGGAAGCGCCUCUGAAGGGAUAUAGGAAGGAGGAUAGAUGGGUUUGAUGGGCUUCCUGUACCGUUUUAUUACAGUGACAAUUUUGGGAUUUUGGGACUGUACGAGUAUGUAACACCACUGCCACGACACUUAUCACCAGAUGAAGUGCGUCCUACGAGCUAUUCAUCAAGUAUAGACUAUGUAUAUAGUGGCACACCCAAGACCACAAACGAGUACAACUAUUAUCCGAUUUAUCGGGUACACCCAAGACGGGGUCGAGAAGAACAAGACACUUCUACAUCUCUACGUUGGCACCCCACCUCUCCACCCAUCCACAAACCCUUCUGUCCCAUCACCCACAAGCGCCUUCCACGUCUCCCACUGCUCUAUCAGGUCGAAAAAGUUUGCCGAGCCGCCCAAUACGCCGAGAUAAGCGCUAUAGGGGUGCUGGUACUCUGAGUUGCCCACGAGUGUCCUUAGGGAUGAGGGAAUGGGAAUAUGGAGGUUGAGAUACUUGGGGGCUGAGAGCCAUGUGGCUUGAUUGUCGGUGCCCCCUUCUGCAGAUCCGAGAGAUGGGGAGCGGACGGUCGGGACGACAGGGUCUAAUCCCAA